GGAAGCUGCAGCAAGCACUACGUAAGCAAACGGAUUAAAGUGAGCGAGCGAGAAAGGGAAUACAAGUGUUGCCUAGCUUUGGGCAUUGUGUUACAAGAAGAGUGUUAGAAAUUCCAAAAAGGUGUUAAUAAAUUCAAAACACAAAAUAAGUGCUAAACAAGUUGAAAAAUACUACAACUGAUUUAAAACAAACAAAACAAAAUGAACGUCGAAGAGUUUCGCAAGUACGGCAAGGAGGUGAUCGAUUAUAUAUGCGAAUAUGGCAGCAAUAUCGAAGAGCGCGAUGUGGCGCCCACAUUAGAUCCCGGAUAUUUGAAAAAACUAUUACCAGCGGACGCACCCCAAUCGGCCGAAUCGUUUAAAGAUGUGCUCGAGGACUUUGAGCAAAAGAUUAUGCCGGGCGUUGUGCACUGGAAUCAUCCGAAAUUCUUUGCCUAUUUCCCAUCGGGCAACAGUUUUCCCUCCGUGCUGGGCGAUAUGCUGAGCAGCGCCAUUGGCUCCAUUGGCUUCAGCUGGGCCAGUUGCCCGGCUGCUGCGGAACUGGAGACAAUUGUCAUGAACUGGUAUGCCAAGGCAUUGGGUCUGCCCAAGGCUUUCGUUUCGGAUGCGCCCGGCAGCACUGGAGGCGGCGCUCUGCAGGGAUCCGCCUCCGAAUGUGUGCUGGUGUCCUUGAUCACGGCACGUGCACGCGCCAUUAGCGAACUGAAGGGUCAGACCAGUGUGCAUGAUAGCGUCUUUCUGCCCAAUCUGAUUGCCUAUGCCAGCCGCGAGGCGCACUCCAGUGUUGAGAAAGCCACCAAAAUGGCGCUGGUGAAGCUGCGCAUCAUCGAUGCCGACGAGCGUGGACGCAUGCGCGUCGAUCUGCUGCAGCAGGCCAUACAGAACGAUGUGAACGCGGGCCUGACGCCAUUCUUUGUGGUCGCCACGGUGGGCACCACCGGCGGCUGUGCCUUCGAUGAUAUCUCCGAGAUUGGCAAGGUGUGCCGACAGGUGUCCAGCAUUUGGCUGCAUGUGGAUGGCGCCUACGCAGGCAACUCCUUUAUUCUGCCCGAGAUGCGCGUGUUCUCUGCUGGCUUGGAGUACGCGGACUCGUUCAAUACCAAUCCCAACAAACUGCUGCUGACCAACUUCGAUGCCUCCGCCUUGUGGGUGCGCGAUGUGAUGACACUGAAGAGUGCGCUCAAUGUGAAUCCCUUGUAUCUGCGGCAUGAGCACAUGAAUGGCGUCGACUACAGACACUAUGGCAUUCCACUGAGUCGUCGCUUCCGCGCGCUCAAACUGUGGUUUGUCUUCCGCACAUAUGGCGUGCAGGGACUGCAGGAGUACAUACGCAAUCACAUGGUUCUGGCCAAGAAGUUUGAGAUGCUCGUACGCAAGGAUGAACGCUUUGAGGUGCGCAACGAUGUGCACCUGGGUCUGGUGUGCUUUCGCAUGCGCACCGGCGAUGAGCCGAAUCAUCUGCUGCUGGCACAGAUCAAUCACUCGGGCAAGAUGCACAUGACGCCGGCCGUAUUCAAUGGACGCUAUGUGAUACGUUUCUGUGUGACAUACGAGCAAGCCACCGAAAAGGACAUUUUGGAUGCCUGGAGCCAGAUCAAGGGCUUUGCGGAGGAAAUAUUGCGUGAUGCUCAAUUGGAGAUCAGCUCCGCGCCGGCCACGCCCGAAACCGAACGCACCAGCUCAGAGCCAGUGGCGGUUACCGGCAAGCCGCCCAUCAAGAAGAUCCUUACACGCACCAAGUCCUUGCGUUUCUCCUUCACCCGCAGCAUAUCGCGGGAACAGUUCCAAAGUCAAAGCGAACAUCUAAUGGAUGGCUGUACGCCUAUUUUGGUGGUGGAUCCCAAAACGAUCCAGCAAAGCUUUCAGCAGGCGGCAGAAGAUAAUCAAAAUAAUAAUAUAACAAAGCUGAAGGACAUUUCGGAUGUGGAUACGGACGAGGCGAGCAAUUGAUGUGGACUUAAGGGUCCAGAAAGAAAUGCAAAUAUGUAGAUAGUAUUAGCUGUUUUUAUUGACGUUUAGAAACGUGCUGAAAUGAGGCCUGUACCUAAAAUCGAACGAUUUGAAUUUGCUUAAUUGAAUUUAAGUACAUAUUUAUAUAGUUUUUAAGUUGCACUGCUGAAUUUCAUUUAAUUUAUUAUUGGGUUCCUAUUACCACACGUAAUACAUAUUAAUAUCGUAUG